AUGUGAUCAAAAAAAAGGAAAAACAAGAAAAUAAUAAAAAGCUUAAAUUUAAGUCGUCACCUAAAUGAAACAUUGAACUCAAUUUAUAUCAAUUGGCUUGAAUCAAACCAAGAAGAAAAUAAAGAGAAAAUAAAUUAAUUCAAUCAGCCGGUAAUAAGACAAACUUUUGGGAGUUUCUAAUCAUGACAAUGAGUACAAAUAAUUGUGAGAGUAUGACAUCAUACUUUACAAAUUCCUACAUGAGUUCCGAUAUGCACGGUCAUUAUCCAACUGGUGGUGACAUGGAUGCUCAAAUGCAUCACUACACACAAACCCAUCACAAUCAGGCCAGUAUGCCGCCAUUCCCACGAUAUCCGCCCUAUGAUCGCAUGGGUUACUACAAUCAAAACAUGGAGCCAUCGGGAUAUUCACGCCCCGACAGCCCAUCAAGUCAAGUGGGGAAUGUGAUGGGACCGCAACAAACUCCACAGCCACCUCCACAACAAAACGGUACGAUACCUCUUCAACAGCAACCUCAACAACAACCAAUUGUUUACACAAGCUGUAAACUGCAAGCUGCGGUUGGUAAUGGCGGUUUGGGAAUGGUCGGCGAUAAUGGAUCUCCACCACUCGAGCAAAUGGGCCAUCACAAUCAUAUGAAUAAUCAGAUGCCAAUGGGACAUCACAUGCAUGGUCAAGUGAACGAGGUGGGUCACCAAACACCCCACAAUAUGGGAAUGUACACAAAUUCCGGUCCUCCUCCUGUUCAGCAACCACCUCAAAACAUGAUGCAUCAACAGCCUCCUCUCCACCAAGGCCAACCUCAACAACAGCAACAAGCACCGCCAAAUAAUCAUACCCAAGCUUCUCUACCGUCUCCUUUGUAUCCGUGGAUGAGGAGUCAGUUUGGUAAGUUAGAACGAAAGCGCGGUCGCCAGACUUACACACGAUAUCAGACGUUGGAGCUAGAAAAAGAAUUUCAUUUUAAUCGUUACUUAACACGCCGAAGACGUAUUGAGAUUGCACAUGCACUUUGUCUUACUGAACGCCAAAUUAAAAUAUGGUUCCAGAAUCGACGCAUGAAGUGGAAAAAAGAGAAUAAGACCAAAGGAGAGCCCGGAUCAGGUGAUGGAGCGGACGAAAUCACUCCACCACAGAGUCCAGUAUAAGCUUAGUCGUAGAUGAAAGAAAAACAAUACCAGCAGCAACUAGAACGAAUUAAAUGUCCAUAAAGCUGAAAAGAGAAUCAAUAAUUAGUCCAAAAACCACGAUUUUAUAGAUGUUUAAUAUGAAGGUAGCUUAGACUUGACCAUCGUUCACUCUUCCUUCUUCUUAUCCUCAUCAUCGUCGUCAUUUUUGUGCAAUUCCAUUUAAUUCAACGAAAUUAAAAGAAGAGCGAAAAUUAAAUUUUAUUCUUUUGUCUCUUCGAAAUGAAUUGCAAAAUGGAAAUAGUCGCUAGGCAAUGUAAAUUACGCGCAAGGAAAACAAAAAUCCUUCACUUAUACACACACAUUUAAUGAUUAAAAUGAAAAAAAAAACUUUAACUUUUAAUGAAACCAACUCAUGUGACCUCAAAUUUUAUUUUUAAUUAUUAAGAGUACUAAAUUUUUAGGAUAAAAUCACACACAUACCCACAUAAACACAAACACUCACACACUGAGAAUUUGAAGAGUAAACAUGAAAAGUAUUGUGCGACAAGAUACUUUAAAAUUGUAGAUGAAGAUGAUUAAGAAACAUUAAAAGUUAUUUGAUGGAAAUGCUAAAAUAUUCAGUGUAAGAUCUAUAAUAGUUUAUUUAUGAUUAUUAUUUAGUAAAUAUCAACAGACAAACCAGCAAUGCUCAGUUCUCACAUCAGUCAUACUUUGAAGUAAAAGAAAAAUAUUUUAAAGAUUUUUGC